AUGGGUAAAAGUGGUGGAGGAAAAACAUCAAUGCGUUCAAUUAUAUUUGCUAAUUAUAAUGCAAAAGAUACACGACGUCUUGGUGCUACAAUGGAUGUUGAACAAUCCUAUGUUCGUUUUCUUGGUAAUUUAAUAUUAAAUUUAUGGGAUUGUGGUGGUCAAGAAGCAUUUAUGGAAUGCUAUUUUGCAACACAAAAAGAUAAUAUAUUUAAAAAUGUUGAAGUUCUUAUUUAUGUAUUUGAUGUACAAAGUCAAGAAUUAGAUAAAGAUUUACAUUAUUAUCAAUCAUGUCUUGAAUCUAUUUUACAACAUUCAUGUAAUGCAAAAAUUUUUUGUCUUAUACAUAAAAUGGAUUUAAUACCAGAAGAUAUGCGUGCAACAGUAUUUGCUGAACGAGAAAAAAUUUUAAAUGAUAUAUCUAAACCAUUGCAAUGCUCUUGUUUUCGUACAUCUAUUUGGGAUGAAACACUUUAUAAGGCUUGGUCACAAAUUGUUUAUCAAUUAGUACCGAAUGUUAAAGGUUUAGAAAAAACAUUAGAGAAUUUUGCAGGAAUUAUUGAUGCUGAUGAAAUUCUUCUUUUUGAAAAAGCUACUUUUUUGGUUAUUUCACAUUGUACUCGUAAAGAACAUCAUGAUACACGUCGAUUUGAAAAAAUUAGUGAUAUCAUUAAACAAUUUAAAUUAUCUUGCAGUAAAUUAGCUGCAGCAUUUCAAUCAAUGGAAGUACGAAAUUCAACAUUUGCGUGUUUUAUUGAAUUAUGCACUCCAAAUACAUAUGUUAUGGUUGUGAUUAGUGAUCCAACUAUUUCUUCGGAAGUGACUUUAAUGAAUAUUCGCAAUGCUCGAAAAGUAUUUGAAAAACUUGAAAAAGAAGGUGCUCGAAAUUAA